UUAAAAUGUUGCUUUACUAUCCCAAUGUUACGUGUUCAAUUAUAAUAAACUUGGUCGAUCCUUGACACUACUGUUGACUACUACUGCUGCUGCUGCUGCCGCUGCUAUCAAAGAAAAAAACUAAUUCUCUCUGCUAUUGCUACAUACAGUAGUAGAUAUACUAGCUUCGUGCAUGAUAAAAGAUCGUAACAAUAAAAGUACGCGCUGUCAGGUUAGAAUGCCAUUCUGUAUCAACGUACUCUACGUGCCACGAUGAAAUCAUGUUUCGUAGAGACUUCCAACGGAGCUUGUACAUAUGUUCAAGGCACGACGAAGCAAUUUCGACUUUCAACAGCCGACGAUUUCUCUAUCGGCCAUCGCCACCACCGCCGCCGCCGCCGCCGCCGCCGCCACCACUGCCGCUGCAUAGAUUCGUAAAUGUUCGAAAAUAUAAUACUAACAACGUUACUGCUAAUACUUCGAAACUCUGUUGCGUUACCACAGUGCUCGGGCGACAACGAUUCCCAUUGAGAAUCGACCGAUCCGUCCUGUUCUUUCCCGCUGUAAUAUAUUACAAAACGCGUUCCACUACCAAUACUGAUCUGUGUUCCGUAACUAUGGCUUCGAAAUGCUUCAAAGGACACAACGAUCAUUAUAACGGCGUGACUAUCGAUUCGAACGAAGAAUCUUGCACUUCUGAAGAAUUUGCUGAUCGCCUGUCAAAAUCUUUGCAGCAGUGGAUGCAUGAGAAGAGACGGACGAUAUGGUUUCGUGUAUAUUUGGCGCAUUCAGAAUGGAUACCUGUACUUACGAAGGAAGGAUUCAAAUUUCAUCAUGCGAGACAAGAAUAUGUUGUGCUGUACCGAUGGUUGAUCGAAGACGAAGGGUGCAACGUACCUCAUUAUGCACACACUAAUUUAGGCGUUGGAGGAUUCGUUUAUAACGAGAAAUCUAACGAGGUUUUAGUCGUAAAAGAGAAAUACUACAACAGAAAGGCAGUAUGGAAACUGCCAGGUGGUUACGUGGAACCAGGAGAAGAUAUAGAGCAGGCUGUAAGAAGGGAAGUAUUGGAGGAGACUGGUGUUCACACCGAGUUCAACUCUAUAAUAGCUUUUAGACACGCUCACGACGUCGCAUUUGGUUGUUCCGACGUGUAUAUAGUCGCUUACUUGUCUCCCAUCGAUCACUGUAUCAAGAAGUGUGAGAGAGAAAUUUCUGAAUGUGUAUGGAUGAAGAUAGACAAGUACAUAAAACACCCAGAGGUGUUUGAGCAUAAUAAAUGGGUGGCAAAGAAAAUGUUAGAACUUCUUAAGCACAAAAUGAGUAUCGUUAUGGAACAUUCGGUCCAUCCUGUAACGAAAAAGCCUGUCUCCUUGUAUAGCGUAUCUAAAAUGAACAGUGCAUAAUAUACAACAUACGUACGUACGAUAUCAUUACUUUUGUACAAAGUACAAUUUCAAAAUAUAACAAUUAUUUUGAAGGAUAAACAAGUGAAACGUCAAGAAUGGAUUUUCAGAUAAACUUACAGAAUAAGAAAUGCACACAGUACAUUCUUUUUUAACACGUUGACGCCGGCGCGAGAUUUUUAUGAUUUUUUCCGAUCCGGUGUUAGUUAAUUCCGGUUAAAUUAUAAGUUAUGUGUUUUGUAUUGAAUAUUUGAUUAUAAUAUUGAAAUGUUAAUGAAGAAUGUUAAAUCAAUAAAAUAACAUUUUGUACUACGUAAGAAGCGUGACCCAUCGGUGGGUCACGCCGGUGUCUACGUGUUAAUACAAAAUUACAACUACAAUAAAAUAUCUGAGUAAUAGUUCAA